AUGUCACCAACUCACCUGAAAGAAUUCACCCUCGAGGAGGUCGCAGAGCACAACAAGGAAGGAGACCUGUGGGUUGUAAUCGAUUCCAAAGUUUAUGAUUUGUCCCGGUUCGCCAACCUUCACCCUGGAGGGCCAGAUGUGUUACUUGCAAGCGGUGUGGCCGGGAAAGAUGCUACCACAGCUUUCUUUGGUUUGCAUCGUCACGAAGUUCUUCGUUCCCAGUAUGCGCGCCUUCAAAUCGGCUCCAUCCGUGGCCAAGAGGAACACAUCAAAUCACCAGAACCAGGAGCCAUCUCUCACGUUCCUUACGCUGAGCCUACCUGGCUUACCCCUGGCUUCCAUAGCCCAUACUACAGUGACAAUCACAGACGCUUUCAUCAUGCGGUGCGUGCCUUCUUCAUGAAGGAACUUUACCCGGAAGCCUUGCGUUGUGAAGAGAGCGGAAAACGUAUAUCCCAAGAAAUGGUGGACAAGCUCAGUAAGUUGAACUUUUUGGCAAUGCGGCUGGGUCCAGGAAAGUAUCUCAAGGGUCUUACGCUCAUGGGUGGGAUCGUCAAACCUGAAGAAUUUGACUAUUUCCAUGAGCUCAUACUAAACACCGAACUUGCCCGUUUCGGAACUCGAGGAUUUGUUGAUGGCCUACUCAACGGUGGGGUCAUUGCUCUACCCCCAAUCUUCAACUACGGUACACCGGAACUUCAAAUGCAGUACGUUCCAGACAUACUCGCAGGCAAGAAGUAUAUCGCUCUGGCAAUCACGGAGGCAUUUGCAGGCAGUGAUGUUGCAGGCGUGCAGACCACAGCAGCACGUGAGGGAAAUGAAUGGGUCAUUACUGGAACAAAGAAGUGGAUCACAAACGGGACAUUCGCGGAUUAUUUCACGACGCUUUGUCAGACAGACUCUGGUCCGACAGUUAUUCUGGUUCCCCGCUCUUCCACAGUGUCCACAAAGCCUGUCAAGACAUCCUACUCUGCGACUGCUGGCACCGCCUACGUCACAUUCUCUGGCGCGCGUGUACCCGUGUCACACACGCUUGGCGGAGUUGGACAAGGUCUGCGUGUCAUUCUAUCUAACUUCAAUCACGAACGGUGGAUGGUCGUUGGGACGAGCCUCGGUGCGCAGCGACUCGUCGUCGAGGAAUGCCUGAAAUGGACAGAUCAGCGUAUGGCGUUUGGGAAGCCACUCAAUGCACAGCCAGUCAUACGCGCGAGACUCGCACUCAUGAUCGAACGAGUCGAGGCAUGUCAAUCCUGGGUUGAAAAUAUAACCUACCAAAUGAACCAUAUGACGUACGCAGAGCAGUCGGACAAGUUGGCUGGGCCAAUUGCCCUCCUAAAACAGUUCGUAUCUCGUUCGGGUCGCGAGACCGCAGAAGAUGCAACCCAAAUCUUUGGUGGGCGGGGCAUCACAGUAGGAGGGAUGGGCAAAGUCAUCGAAAAUUUCCACCGGACUUCACCAUUCGAUGCUAUUCUUGCAGGGGCCGAAGAUGUGUUGGGUGAUCUUGGUGUCCGCCAGGCCGUCCGCAAGAUGCCCAAGAACGCAAAACUGUAA